GGUCAGAAUUUGCACAUAUGGUACAAUGUUCUGAGGCAAAGUAGUGAAGCCGACUGCAAACAAGUUCUAAGGGGAUAUACAGAGCAAAUCAGAAAAAUGAGUGGAGGAAUGAUGUCAGUAUAAGAGGCAGGGAGAAAGCACAGUUUGGAAGAAGUAAAGUAGUGAAAGGUAUUAAAAAAAGGCAUUGAAAAAUGGCUAGGACUCAUAAAAGCAGCAGAAGAAAAGAUGGAGAAUGAAAUGGGAAAGGCAAUAUACAGAAAGAAAGAAAAAGAUAGAGGCAUAAACAAAUGACUAAAAGUCUUUAGAAAUACACGGAAAGGAAAAGCAAACAACAAAGUGAAUGCAAAGGGAACAGAAAAGAAGUGAAAAGGAGGAAUAUAUUACUGAGGAGAUCUGAUACUGUGUGCAGAUUUGUGCUUCCCAUCUCUUUCUUUGCAUCUCACUGCAUGCUGGGGACAUAACACCACGUGAUAAGCCUCUCUUGGACUCUUAUUCUUAGCUCCAGUGAUUUAAAGGAAUACCCCCUGGGUGGGGAUUCCUGUUACAGAUCAAGGAAAUCUUCUUACUCUAAUUAAAACUCUUCCUCACGCAGAAAGCUGGCUCUGUACCUGAACAAAUACUUACUACCUGUAGGCAACAUAAAACUCAUGCAUUUCUUAUUCAUUUGCUGUAUCUCUGCAAGCUAGCUCAGCUCUGAAUAAGGGAUCUCUAAAUCCUAGCAAGAAGCCUGCACACUCCAGUAUCCAAGUCCUGACACCACCAAAUUCAAAAGGAACUACACACAGCACUACAGCCAUGGAUCUCCAGUGUUAAUGCUGUUUUACAGCUAAGGAUGACUUGGCUUUGCAGUCAGGAGAUGUUUUUAGGAGCCUCCCGCCAAACUAGUUGGGCAGCUUUGAGAGAAGUGCUGUUAGCACAUUGCUAGAUAUAGGUUUCCUGGUCUCCUGCAGGAAACUGCAUGAUGACAUUUGCAUGAAAUUGCAACGUGCUGCCUUUAUCAACAAUUGGCUAGAGACCGAAUUUUCCCACAAGAGAGUGGAAGAAAUUUGUAAUAGAGUAUACACGGGAAGGUGCUCCAGAGCUCAGCUGUUGUGUUCCUCAUUUAACCUCUUUGGGCAAGAAGGUAAACAUUGUUUUUUUACUCAAAAAUAACUUGUCUUUUUUUUUUUUGGCAGAUCCAAAUCAGCCUAAAAGUUGAUAAAGUAAACUUCAUGUUUACAGAUGGGGCAAAGGGGGAGGUACUUUCACAGGCUGGACAAUGCAAAAGACACUGCUAAAAUUUGGGUGGUCUUCAGAGAGGUGGUCUUCUCUAGGCUGAAGCUGGGAAUUUAGGAACACAGGCCCAAAGCUAUGGAUCCAAAGAUGCCUGCCUAAAUUCCUCAGACUUUUGACUGAAAUUUCCCUAGGUCCUCUCUGCCUGCUUGGAGAGCUACAACUGCCACAGAGUGAGCAGUUUAUAUCACAUGCAGAUGCUUUUCUGCCUACAUCUCCAGAAGGGCCAAAGGGCUGUUUUAGAACAGCCCAACUCUAAAAGAAUGGGCUUUAUGAAAAGCAAUGAUGCAGAUCAUCUGGGUAAUUAGUAUUAACCAAGAAUUAAUAGAAACAGGUUAAUUUUACUUCUUCACUCAGGUUUCCAUGGCACAAGGAAAAGCCUUGAAAUGUUCACUAGACAAGAGAGGGCAUGCACCUCUUUGCUUGCGUGCUUGGGUGUUUCCUCUGCACCCUGGUUUCUGCUGCCAGGAUUGUUUAUGUUCUUAACAAUAGGAAGGGUGGAGUAUUCUUCAAAUUUUGUUUUGGUAAUGAGGAUGCUUCACUAUCAACAUAUUUGCUCCUGGCUUUGGCAGUAGUGUUCAAAAAUUUGCUGAGAAGUUUAUGUAACUACACAUUGGCAUAACAAAUAGCUUGCUACUGUAUGGCCAGUAUACAUCCCUGUCUGUUCAAGUAGGAAUAAUCAGCCUAGAAAGAAGCAGAAAAGAUACGUCCUGGAGGUACUGAUGCAAAAUAAUAGAACCAGUCAGGAAAAGCCCUUUCCUGUAUAAAAACAGCAGCAUGAGGGGCUAAGUUGCUUGGGAGAUGGACUUAGCAACAUUUCUCUUGUAAAGAUAUUUUGCACUGAAAUGUAUUGGGUUUUAACUUAAAGCACAUUGCUUUAGAAAUGCUUUGUGUUGCGUGGGGAAAAUUAUAAUUUCUGUGUUAAAGGAAAUUUCAUUUUUCUUAUGUGUUGUGUCCCUUUAACUCCAAAAUGCCACAGAAACACUUUGAGAAGUUUUCGUAUGAGUGGUCAUGAACAAUAAGAAAUUAACUUCUACCACCUAUAGAUUUUUCAUGUGAGGACCCUGUAUUUUCUGUCGCAUCUCCUUUUCAAGGACAGACACAUAUCAUUUCUGCCAAUUAUCUCUUUCUUUGCUUACGAGAAAUAAAUGUGCGUUAAGGCACUUAAAUGAGAAGAAGAGUAAGUAUGCAAUCGGAAUUAGCAUGCAGUAUCAGGGAAAACAGGUUCCUUCUUGCUUUCCCUUUCUACAUAUAGAAUUGCCUUAAAAACCAGGCUACCACUCUUCCAGCACCCACAUCUUAUUGACUGCCUCCUCCCUCUGACUGCAUAAUGUAACAUACUACAUCUAUUAAUUACGGUACCUUUAAGUGCAGCUUUUCAUUCUUUGAGAAACUUUGCCUUGAUUUCAUCUUUAGCCUAAAACAAGCUCUACAGAGAGAACAAAGCAUGAAUAGCUAUAAAAAGGAGCAUUUUUCACUUCACAGAGCCAUGAAAACAAUUUGUUAUCUUUACAAGGCUUCUGGUAUAGAGUGGUUUCUCCAGAAAGAGGCUCUUUUCCUGGGUAGCUCCUUGCUCACAUAUAACAACACUCCAGACUGUGUUAACAGAUACUGAGCCAUCAUGCAAAACAUUCCCUUCAUCAGCCAUAAAACCACAGCCCUGCUUGCUGCCUCUGCACAAUUGCUAAUGUUCUGUGCAAACAGUAUGUCUGGGGCAGAACAACAGCUGUGAUCUUCCUGGAACACUUCUUUUGAUCUUAUAUUUUCUCUCCUUCCCACUCCAAGAUCUUUUAAAAGUACCAUUUCCAUUUGUUGUUCAACAUUUGGUGUUCUCCAAGCUACUCUGUCCAUGUGGUGGCUCCUAAACUCUCACCAACAAAUGAUUACAGAGAUCAUAAGCAUGGCUUAACGAUGUGGAAUCAUACCUACACAUACUCCCUCCCCAAAUAUCCAUUAAGAAAGUUCACUAAAUCCUUUGGUUCCCUAGUAAGAAAGUUCCUUCUCCAGCUCACGCCCCUUCUCUCUCCACUGUUGCUUUGCAUUUCUGGGGCAGCCCUGUAAAUAGCUCACAUGAAGCCAUGGAAUUGGGAGUAGUGGCUGUACCUGGAUAUCACUCUGAAGACAGUCUGAUGCUUUUUCUAAAGGCAUGGACACCUCUGUAUGCCAGAUGUUUGCAUUUAAAACCUGCUUCCAGCUCUUAUGCUCUCUCUUUUUUGUGCUUGGUGGUUGGUUCUUUCCCUGUGGGUUGGGGUGGAGGUGCCUCCCUUCUGAUGAGGAAAUUCAUUAGCUCCUGUUGUCUCCCCGAUGCUUUCUGAGGUCUGGACACACCUACAACAUGCAUACUGACCUACAUUCAUAGUAAACAACUUCUCAGAUCCAUUUUAGAUCUUUCACCAACUAAAGGUGGAGCAAAACAAACUUUAACACGAAAUAAAGUGCUGAGUUUUGUUUUCAGAAGGUUGUGAAUAAUAGCUAACAAGGGUGGAAGAAAAGAGAAAUGAUUACUGCAAUGUGUCUUUCUUGUGGUAAGAUGACUGCCUGCUUAUGUCAGCCCUUCAUAUGAAGUACUACUGGACUUCAAGGUGAAACAAGUGUCUUAGAAUGAAACACAUGAACUUUUUAUUUCAAGCUAGGUGAAAGGAAAGAAAUGCCUGCACUCAUCACAUAUCAGCCCCUUCAUAUAUUCAGCAACUUGACUUUCCUGUCAAUCUAUCUUAGGCUAAGCCUUUUUUCUUGUGGGCUGAGUUAAUUCCCAUUGUCUGGCACUUGCUGCAAGCUAAGCUGCUUGCACAGACAAUUUGCUGCACUUCAGUCAUAGCAACUUCUUACAUCCUGGUAACUUUUUGUGCCUGAGCCCCUGCUUCUCAUGCAAAGUUCCUGCCUGUCUCAUACCUGAAUGAGAUGCAGAGUGUGCUCGGCAUCCUUGCAGUCCAUGCAGGACACUGAGUAGUUCUUGUCCUAAAAUAGGCUGAAAGCUAGAGCCACCAUGAUCUGAGCACUUUCUUUCCACACUGUGCUGUGUAUUUUCCCCUAAAUAAAAUAUCUUUCUGGAACACAGGCCAUAGUUACUUAUGUCUGCAAACAGCCAAGAGCAUAUGCUUUGUUUUUCUUACAUUUGUUCUGGUGUGCUCUCCAGAACAUCCCUUGUUUGAUGCUAAAAUUGACAUGGUUUUUUUUAAUGGUAUAAUAUUUUGAGAAAAGCUUGAGUACUUCACUGCUAUCCACACAACAGCUUUACAGUUAUUUCCCUAAAGAACUGAUAAGGGCUUCUUAAAAGCCCAUUUUUUUUUUCAGAUUACAUUCUUCAUGAAAAGACCAAGCUAAAACUUCGUCCCAAAUUCUUCUUACUGGAGUGGAUUUAAUGAUCCACAGGAAAGGCAUCAGACUGUACAAGAGAAAAGAAUGAGACAGAUCUUGUCCUACCAUUGAACAGGAAGCUUGCAGGCUUUCUGGGGCUGCUGAGCUAUUGCUCUGUUGGGAAAUUACGAUUGUUUAUACGUUCUGACUCAGGGGUUCCUAUCAAAUCAAUGAGGAGACAUGAAGUAUACUGCAAACUGUUCAUGUUUCCACAGGCACCAUAGCUGUUUACAUUCCUUCUUCAUACAUGAAAAAUAAUUACUAGCAAUUUUAAUAAACCCCUUGUUUGAAUCCAUCACACCACAGCUCAGAUUUCCAGAUGUAGUUAGAUGCCUGUGUAGUUUCUGUCACCCUGAUCUGUCACUAAUCAUGUUGUUACAAGAGGAAAGAGUUGAUACGAUGACAUACAUUAAACUAGUUUGUAGAAGGAAAUCCACAGCUGACUGAUUCGAAUACCACAACCUUUUGCUUACAGUAAGAACAAGUAAGUUGGACCACGGGAAACACUCUUUUGGGAGAAAUCAGAUACAUUGUGUGAUAAGAUGGAAAAACAAUUCUUUCUAAGGAAUUCCCAUAUGGUAUGAGUAUUGGGGCCCCUUUCCAGAUCCUGCAGUAUCCACGUGAAUUGACAGAUGUGAGCAAAACUGGCUAUUUCAAACUCAGAAUUCAGCACAUUUCUACUAUUUAGCAACCAACUGUGGGAUAACUUAGGGCAGAGAGAUAUUUUGCAGUGUGACACAGCUAAGCAAUCAACUGAUUCAUAUUUCUCUUUUCCCUUUUUGCUCCCAGUAAGCUGCAGGCUUCACAAUGGGCUCCAUUUCUAGAAUGAUUACUGAGUUUUGCCUUGAUCUCUACAAUAAAGUCAACAGAACCACAGAAUGCCAAAACAUUGUCUUCUCUCCACUGAGCAUCUCUACCUCCCUGGGCCUAAUCCUUUUAGGGGCACGAAACAACACAGCCACUCAGAUAGAAAAUGUUCUCCACGUCAGCAGUGCUGCAGGAAGUACAAGCCUUGAAUCUGAACUUGAAGGUGCAGUCCCAGAAAACAAGUCUGAACUAAGCCAGGAAAGAGAAUCUUCCUCCUCUCUGUGUAACACAGAUGGGAAUCUUAACCACGAAGCAUUCCAUGCACUGCUUUUACAACUACAAAACCUUGGUAAAGACUACGUUUUAAGCCUGGCUAACAACCUCUUUAUCCAACAAGGAUUUGAACCAAAUCAGAAGUAUCUAACGUGCAGUAAGGAACUAUACAGAGCAGCCCUUGAAACACUGGACUUUCAAAGGGCUCUUGAAGCAAGCAGGCUAAAAAUUAAUGAUUGGGUUGAAAGCGAGACACAAGGUAAAAUCAAGGAACUUUUUGCUCCAGGAGUGAUUGACUCACACGCCAUUCUGGUGCUGGUGAAUGUGAUCUACUUCAAAGCAUCCUGGGAACACAAGUUUGAGGAGAAAAAUACAGUACAGAGAGAUUUUAAAUUGAAUCAGAAUGAGAGAAAGCCAGUGCAGAUGAUGUAUCAGAAAGGCACGUUUAAAUUAGGCUAUAUUGAGGAGCUGGGAACUCAGGUGCUUGAACUCCCUUAUGCUCAGAAGUCGCUGAGCAUGAUCAUCCUGCUGCCAGGAGACACGGCAGAUGGAUCUACCAGUGGGCUGGAACAGACUGAAAGCACAAUGACCUAUGAGAACUUAAUGCUGUGGUUCUCUUCUGAACACAUGUUUGAGACAACGGUAGAGGUGUACCUGCCCCGAUUCAAGCUUGAAGACACCUUUAACCUCAAUGAGGUACUAAAAGCAAUGGGAAUGACCGACAUCUUCACUGAAUCCAAAGCUGAUCUUUCUGCACUGUCAUCUGGGGAAUCCCUGGUGUUGUCAAACAUUGUCCAUAAGGCUUAUGUGGAAGUCAAUGAGGAGGGCACUACAGCAGCAGCUGCUACAGGAGCUACCAUUGUGAGGAGAUCCCUGCCCCUCAUAGAGGUGUUUAUGGCUGACCAUCCUUUCUUAUUCUUUAUUAGGCACAACCCCACUAAUGCCAUUCUUUUCUUUGGUAAAUUCUGCUCACCUUAA